GUGAAGGUCCCAAAGAUUUUACCAAUUGUAAAUGAUAUUAAUGAAGAUGAAAUCGAAUUAUCCGAACAAGAUGUAGAAUUUUUCAAAGAACAUGAUCAAUUUACGAAAUUUUUAAAAGAUAUUGAUAAAGUAGCAUUACACAAGAAUAAAAUCCUCAAUAUCAAGAAAUCAUCUGUUCAAGCCGUGAAAAAUGAUAAAACUGAUCAAGAUUCUUUACCGUCGUUGACUUCUUCCGAUGAGGAAGGUGAUGAUGAAAUGAUAAUAGGAGGAGAUUUGAAUCAAGAGAAAAUGUACAUUUCUUCAGAUUCGGAUAUAGAACAAGAAUAUGAAAGGACCCCACGUUCUAAUAAAUCUUGGAUAUUUAAAGAACCAACAAAGCUUCCAAUUAAGUUGCCCGACGGAAAAAUCAAACAGCAAGAAGUCGUAAUAUGCGAAGAGAGAACUCCUUCUAUGAAAGAAGAUAAAAUCGAACCUUCCAUUAAUGACAUUGACGAACCGAACAACCUUGAUACUGAUGAUAAAAAAUCUCAGGUCUCAGAAUCUAUGCCAAGCAUAAAUAUUCCACAUCAAGAAUAUAUUAAUCAAAAGAAGGAGCAAUUGGCGGAAAUAGCUCAACGUAUAGUCGAAGAUCCAGAGAAUAAUAUCGGUCAGCUUAAAGCCAUGCGUGAAAUAGCUACUGAUAAGAAUUUAACUGUAAAAAGAUUGGCAAUAUUAUCUCAGUUUGUGGUAUAUAAAGAUAUAAUACCCGGGUAUCGGAUAAGACAAUUGACAGACAAAGAAAAACCGGCACAGGUAUCCAAAGAAGUUAAGAAAAUAAGAAAUUAUGAACAGGGCUUGUUGAGUAAUUAUCAAGCUUAUUUGCAGUCACUCGAAAGCGAAUUAAGAGGAUCUUUAAAUAUAACGGAAGAGAAAUCUGUUGCAAAUGAAGCAUUACAGUGCAUGUGUGGUCUUUUAACUUCUGUUACUCAUUUCAACUUUCGGCUGAAUUUGAUGACAGCAAUUGUUACGAGAAUGAGUACUCGCAAAUUUACAAAGGUGACCGCCAUGUGUUGUGAUGCUAUAAUUGAAGUAUUUAAAAAUGAUGAAUCUGGUGAAGCAAGUUUAGAUGCUGUAAAAUUAAUCACAAAGAUGAUUAAGUCUAAAAGUUAUGUGGUUCAUGAAGAGGUUCUUAAUACUUUUUUACACCUUCGGUUAAGAGAAGAACUUAAUAUAAAGAAAUCACAUGAAGAUGCUCAUUCCAAUAAAAAAAGAAAAUGGAAAAAACAAGUUCCUAAAAAACAUUUGUCAAGAAAGAUGAGAAAGUUGGAAAAGGAGAGAAAGGAGAUUGAAGUGGAGAUGAAGGAAGCCGAAGCAGUCGUGGAUUAUGAGGAAAAAGAGAAAAGACAUACAGAAACGUUGAAAUUGGUGUUCAUAACGUAUUUUCGUAUUUUAAAACAUGCCAAUAAAUCGCCACUACUUCUCUCUGUAUUGGAAGGGUUAUCCAAGUUCGCCCAUCUUAUCAACGUUGAUUUCUUUAACGAUUUGUUAGAAUUGCUGAAAAGGAUUAUGGUUGAUGAAACCAAGUUGGAGGACUCAGAUCCGGAAUUACUUUCCGGUCAAGGGGAAGCUCUAAAUAUCGACCUGAAAGAUUUUUAUACACAUAUGUAUACAAUAUUAAUGCCUCUUGCUUUGAAUCCAUACAUGGAAAAAAGUGUACAUGAACAAUUAAAUGUUGAUGAGGGUAAAGUUAGCAAUGCUACAUAUAUAUCAACGGAACAAGAGUUGCUAAUGAAAGGAAUUGACUUUAUACUUUUCAAGCGAAAACAGAUUCCAACUGAUAGAUCGGCAGCAUUUUUGAAACGGUUAUCAAUUGCUUGUAUGAAUUGGCCAAGUAAAACGGUUCUGAUAUGUUUAACUACGAUGGAAAAAAUGGUUCAGAGACAAUCACGAUUAGAUGCUCUUUUAUCAUCAGAUGAUAAAGCCGUUAAUGGAAUUUAUCGACCUGAAUUAAAUGAUCCUGAAUUAUGUAAUCCUUUUGCAACAAGUUUAUGGGAGUUGAAUUUAUUACAGAAACAUUAUGAUCCCAAAAUUCGAACUGCAGCAGUUCAUUUAGCAACUUUUGAAUCAAAUGUAGUAAA